CAACAGUGGAAACAUAUUCAAACUCUUAUUCAGUUUAUGCUUUUAUACUACUUAUAUAAGUAAGUAAGUAGUUCGCGUGAAUAGAUAUUUAUUUAUCGAUCUCUAGCUAUUGAACAAUCUGUAAAACUAGGAUUAUUUGAAAAGUGGGUGUAUGAUAAUUGUAAUAACAUAAAAUACUUACUAAUUAAAUGAAGUAAUGAGAACGAUACAUUAAACUUGAUUAACAUACGUGUGUAUAAUUUUAUUUACUCCCCUUAUCAAUCUUGAACUAAUUUGUGGAUAAUAAUAAUAAGAAGAAAUUCUCCAGAAUAAAUUCAACUGAAAAUGGGUGAUCGUGAAGUUGUUUGUAUACAUGUUGGACAAGCUGGUAUACAAAUGGGUAAUGCCUGUUGGGAAUUAUUUGGUAUGGAGCAUGGGAUAAAACCUGAUGGACUUAUGAUUGAUGGAUUCUUUCCAACGGAUAAUUCAUUUCGUACAUUUUAUAUGGAAACAGGUCAUGGGAAAUUUGUACCGCGUACAGUGUUUGUUGACUUGGAACCAACAGUUGUAGAUGAAAUACGUACAGGAUUUUACCGCCAAUUAUAUCAUCCAGAGAAUUUGAUUAGCGGUAAAGAAGAUGCGGCGAAUAACUACGCUCGUGGGUAUUACACCAUCGGUUCACAGAUGUUAGAUUUAGUUAUGAAUCAGAUUAGACGAGUUGUGGAGACUUGUCGUAUGCUACAAGGCUUUAUUAUAUUUCAUUCAUUAGGCGGUGGUACCGGGUCAGGCUUCGCUUCCUCUCUAAUUAAUCAAAUGACAAUGGACUAUCGUAAAAGUACUAAAAUUGAGUUGGUUGUGUAUCCAGCUCCAAGGUUGGCUAGUUCUGUUGUCGAGCCAUACAACUCUGUACUAGCUACACAUGCAUGCAUUGAAGACUCUGAAGUUGUCUUUCUUAUGGACAAUGAAGCUGUCUGGGAUAUAUGUCGACGAAAUUUAAAUAUACGCCGUCCAUCGUUUACUAAUAUUAAUCGAAUACUGGCACAAGUGAUUAGUUCCCUGACAGCGGCAUUACGAUUUCAUGGUUCAUUGAAUGGUGAUCUGUCGGAAUUUCAGACCAACUUAGUUCCCUAUCCAAGAAUACAUUUCCCGUUGAUAACAUUUAAUCCUGUUGUCUCAGCUGAGAAAGCCUAUCAUGAACAGAAUAGUGUUGACCAGAUCACAAGGGCGUGUUUUGAACCAGCGCAUAGUUUUGUAAAAGUAGAUCCACGUCAAGGUUUAUAUAUGGCUAUUUGUAUGCUCUAUCGUGGUGAUGUUGAUCCAAAUUCAGUGAAUACAGCUAUUCAAGGUGUGAAAGCUUCACGGUCGGUACGUUUUGUUGAUUGGUGUCCAACUGGAUUUAAAGUCGACAUAAAUGCACAACCAAUGUUAGCUGUACCAAGAUCAGAAUUAGCUAAAGUCCUACGGUGUUGUUGUAUGCUAGCGAAUAGUACAGCGAUAGCUACAGCCUUUGCUAGAAUUGAUCGGAAAUUCGAUUUGAUGUAUCAUAAACGAGCUUUUGUUCAUUGGUAUGUUGGUGAAGGUCUAGAAGAGAAUGAAUUCAAUAUUGCACGUGAAGAUUUAGCUGCACUGGAAAGAGAUUAUGAAGAGGUUGGUUUAGCGACAAAAGUUUAAGCUGCCACCAUCUUUUUUCUUUUUUCCUCUUUUGUUUCUGUUUAUGCCCUCUCUAGUCACUGUUAUGAUGUAAUUCGUUUUCUC